AUGAAGUUGUUUUAUCUGCUUAUAGUGUUCUUUCUGCACUCAUCUUUCUCGUUUCCCGAUUAUCCUUUUUACAACACAUCUCUACCUUGGGAUGUACGCGUGGAUGACCUAGUUAGUCGACUAACUUUACAAGAACUUCAAGAGCAAUUAGCCAGGGGAACAGGUGGUGCUCCCGCCAUACCAAGAUUGGGAAUUAAACAGUGGGAAUGGUGGACUGAAUGUCUGAAUGGCGAUGUAAACAACAAUGCGACAUCAUUUCCAGCUACACUUGGACUUGGUGCUUCAUUCGCUCCAGAUCUAGUAGGCGCUGUGGCACAUGCAAUUGCCAGUGAAGUGAGAGCUAAAUACACACAAUUUCGUUCAGAAGGAAAAUACAAUGUGUAUCAAGGUGUUAGUUGUCUUAGUCCGAUGUUAAAUAUCAUGCGGGAUGGAAGAUGGGGACGAUGUGAGGAAACAUAUGGAGAAGAUCCUAUGCUGAGUGGAUUAAUGUCUAAGCACGUCGUGGAAGGAUUACAAGGAGAUCACCCAAGAUACCUACUGGUGAGUUCAGGAUGUAAAAGCUUCGAUGCUUAUGCUGGUCCAGAAAAAAACAGGCUUGCAUUUGAUGCUAAAAUCAGUACCCGUGAUUUUCGAACUACAUUUUUACCAGCCUUUAGAACAUGUGUCGAAUCGGGAACCUACAAUGUUAUGUGUAGUUAUAACAGUAUUAAUGGCAUACCUUCGUGUGUUAACAGUGGAUUAUUAAAUGGUGUUCUUAGGAAAGAAUGGGGAUUUAAAGGUUAUGUGAUAAGUGAUGCUGGUGCAAUAGAACAUAUCAUUACUGGGCAUAAAUAUUUUAACAGUUCAGUUGAUACAGUUACAGCAAGUCUUAAAGCUGGAUGUAAUUUAGAGUUGGCGGAUGAAGGCAAAACGACAGGCUUGGUUUUCCAGUCCAUAGUUCAAGCUGUGAAAGAAGGGAAGCUUGAUGAAUCCUUUGUUAGAAAUAUGAGUAAGCCUCUUUGGUAUACCAGAAUGCGUCUCGGAGAUUUCGACCCUGAAAGUAUGAAUCCGUACUCAGGGAUUCCAAUCUCAAUCGUGCAAAGUAAAUCACAUCGCUCCUUAGCCGAGUUAGCAGCUAUGCAAUCCAUCGUUCUCCUAAAAAAUGAUGGGGGUUUCCUUCCAUUACAAGGAAAAACAUUUAACAAAGUAGCUAUCGUUGGACCUCUUGCCAACAAUUCAAGGGCACAGAUUUCGAAUUACUCGCCACUUGUCGAUCCGAAGUAUACAAGUACCCCUCUAAGUGGGCUAGUCAAGUUAGGCAAAGAAAUUACUUUUGGUGCAGGAUGUGUCGAUGGAACAAGCUGCAGACAGUAUGAGGGAAAUAUAAUCAUCAAUGCAGUUAGGGAUGCCGACUUAGUAUUUGUUUGUCUUGGGCUAGGGGACGAUGUGGAAAUGGAAGGUAUGGAUAGACCUAACAUCUCUUUACCAGGAUACCAACAACAACUCCUAGAAGAUGUAGCCAAUUACAUUCCACCAACAUCAAACACUGUUCUUAUUUUGUUUAACGCAGGUCCAGUGGACUUGAACUGGGCGGACAACAGUACUAAAAUCACAUCUAUCAUUGAAGCUUUUUAUCCCGCUCAAUCAACGGGAACAGCAUUGUUUAACGUUAUUACAAAUAAUAAACCUUAUGGUCUUGCCAAUCCUGCAGCACGACUGCCAUUUACUUGGCUCAAACAUGACAAUCAGAUACCACCCAUAAAUGAUUAUUCUAUGAAAGAACGGACAUAUAAAUACUUCACAUCCGAACCUUUGUAUCCAUUUGGCUACGGGUUAUCAUACACCUCAUUUCGGUACUCGAAUCUUACAAUGGAUAUCUCAAUAUUAGCCAGUGAACCGGUGUAUGGAUCAUUAACAAUUCAUAACAUCGGUAAUUUGUAUGGGGAUGAAGUUCUUCAAGUAUAUAUCAGUUGGCUGGAUUCUCCUUAUCCAACACCUAGGCUCAGUCUUGUGAGUUUUUCAAGAAUAUCAAUAGCACCAGGAAAAUAUAAUCCAGCAUUUUUCACUAUAACAGCAAAGGAUAUGGCGGUUUGGAGAGAAGACGAUACAGGAUGGCAGAUUUUCCCUGGGAGAUACAAUGUUUACGUAGGUGGGCAGCAGCCUCACCAAUCAAAGACAAUCAAUUCAAACGUGUUGACGAAACAAUUUAUUGUGUCGGGAACAAAAUUCCUUGGUAAAUAUUAA